GUCGUUGCAAUUGCGAAGCCAGCAUUCACCCGUCCAUCCACGGACAUCAGACUCUCGUCAGCACUGAGUUUGGCCACACAGAUAUAUCACUGCUCCGGCUCCAUUCUUCCUUGCUCAACGCCACUGUAAGAAGUACCCCACCUAGCAGGCACUAGUUUCAAAAGGUGGACGAGUUAUCACUGCGUUGGACUUUUAAAAGCCCAUCAGCCCACAAGUAUAGCCACCAUGAACUAUCAAGACGAGGGCGUUCCCACAGUGGCUGCGCUGCAGAUCGAGAAGCGCUAUGGUGAAGAGCGCGCGAAGCGACUCCGCGACGACGGCGACAGCCAGUUCGUCGACAUCUCCCUCUCCGACAAAUUCCAUUCCUUCCUCGAUGAUCCAUGGGUCGACGCGGCGCCCGUCAAGAACGCAAGCUCCAUGUUUCCCAACAAUCGCUGCCAGGUGCUCAUCCUCGGCGCCGGCUGGGGAGGGUUGCUGUAUGCAAUUCGCAUGAUCGAGACCGGAGUGCGCCCCGAAGACAUUCGAAUCGUGGAUCGCGCGGGCGGCUUCGGCGGGACCUGGUACUGGAAUCGCUACCCGGGACUCAGCUGCGACAUCGAGAGCUACUGCUACCUGCCACUGCUAGAAGAGACCGGCUACGUCCCACGCCACCGCUAUUCCUCUGGAGAAGAGAUUCGCCAAUAUGCCGACCUCGUCGCUCAGAAAUGGGGAGUGGCCGACAGCGCUGUCUUCCAGACCAAAGCUGAGACGCUAGAGUGGGAUGAAGAGUCGAAAGAGUGGCAGGUGGAGCUUGUCCAGCAGCGCCACGGAGAGCAACCCCAGACGCUGCACAUCCGCGCGCCGUUUGUGGCGACGGUGAACGGCGUACUCAGCUGGCCGAAGCUGCCUGGAGUCCCAGGAUUGCUGGACUACCAGGGCCAUGUCUUCCACUCGUCGCGCUGGAACUACGCCCUCACUGGUGGAUCGCCGGAGGACCCGUCCCUCACGAAGCUGCGAGGGAAGCGAGUGGCCAUUGUAGGCACGGGGGCAACAGCUGUCCAAAUCGUACCUCACCUUGCGCGCUGGGCAGAGCAUUUGUACGUCGUUCAGCGCACUCCAGCGGCCGUCGAUCACCGUGAUCAGCGGGAGACGGAUCCGGAGUGGUUUCGCAACGAAGUGGCUACAGCAGCGGCAUGGCAGCGCGAGCGCUUGAGGAACUUCCACCAGCAUUUCACCAUUGAGAAACAGCCUUCAAUCAACCUGGUAGACGACUGGUGGACCGGUGCUGUUGGGAUGGUGGCCAUUGCAGGUAACGCCGCGGGACCCAAGGCUAUGGAUGAGCUACCAGCAUACAUGCAGAAGCUCCAUGCCAUGGACCUUCCUCGCCAGCAGCGUAUUCGUAAACGUGUGGAAGAGGUGGUCAAAGACCCAGUUGUCGCGAAGAAGCUGCAGGCGUGGUACCCUACGUGGUGCAAGCGUCCUACCUUCCAUGACGAAUAUCUCUCGACUUUCAAUCGCGAAAAUGUCACUCUCGUCGACACGGACGGCAAGGGCCUCGACCACCUUACCAAUGACUCCAUUGUCGCAGGCGACGAGUCGUACCCCGUGGACGUCAUCAUCUAUGCCACCGGAUUCCGCUCACCAUUCACUGGGUCCCCAGCGCAAAAAGCCAACAUGACCAUCAUCGGCCGCAAUGACGUCUCGAUGAGCGAAGAGUGGGCGCGCAGCGGGCCAUCGACGCAGCAUGGUGUUCUCGAUCACAACUUCCCCAAUCUCUUCCUUUCCGGGCCAUGGCAGGCCUCCAACAGCCCCAACUACCUGUUCAACGUGGACGCUCUCGCGAAGCAUUCGGCAUAUAUCCUGGCAGAAGCGAAGCGUAAAGCUGGCGGGUACCCCUUCGCUGUGACAGCCACCGCUGCCGCAGCGCAGGAUUGGGGCGUGCAGGUGCUGAUGCGCUCGCCGCCCAUGGCUGCCAUAGCGGGUUGUACGCCGAGCUAUUUCAAUGUCGAGGGCGGUAUUGACCGCGCACCGCCCGAGAUGCAAAUGAUCAUGGCGCGAUCUGGGCUUUGGGGGCAUGGCAUUGAGGACUUUAUGAGGGUUGUCGAGGCAUGGCGUGAAGAGGGCAGUAUGCAGGGCAUCGAGGUGUCGACGUGAGUAGAUAUUUGGUAUUGGAGAAAUUUAACACCCGCACUUACCCC